CAGGUCUGACGAAAAAUCGAAUUUUACUAUAUAAAAUUCAGUUUUGACAGUUACUUUUAUUUCGAAACCACAACACCGAGACGCGCACUUGGUCCUUUCUUCUUCUUCUUCUUCUUCUUCACUGCUAACUCACAGAGCCUCCAUUUUUUUUUUUUUUUCAAUCCCCAAAAUGAUCACUUUCAUUUUCCUUCUGUUCCUCUUCUUCACCAAUCCGAUCUCACCAGCCUCGAUACCGGACCGUUUCACCAAAUCCCUCUCACCAUCUUUUCCCAAACACAAAUCCCGAGAAUACUUCGAGCUCUCUCUUCCCCUACCGACCAAUUAUCUGACCCCAUCUUGCACCCUUCAGAUCCUACGGCACUCCUUCGCCAACACCAUCAACUCCCCACCGUUCACCACGCCUUACUCUCCGCCGUCCAAUUGCUCACUCCCUUGGUCCCACAUCGUCCUCGAAUUCCGCGCCAAAUGCAAAGGCGAGCAGUACGACCGCAUUUCCGGCUUAUGGCUCGGCGGUGUCGAGCUUCUCCGCACGAGCACGGCCCAGCCGACUCAGUGUGGAAUCUUCUGGAAGGUUCGCAAGGAUGUCACCAGGUAUUACUCUGUUCUCUUGCAGUCUAAUCUCAACCUCACCAUGAUGCUCGAGAACAUCGUUAACCGUGAAUAUACCGGCGUCUACCACGUCGAGGUCGCUUUCUACUACUACAAGGAUGUUGUCGUUAAUGACAAAAACGACGGCGUUAGCUUACCGUUUAUAGUCGGAAAUAAGAAUUCCGGCGGAAAAUUAGGAUUGGAAACCGAGAAAUUCGAGAGGAAUCUAGGGGUGGGAGCUGAAGAACCGGCCGAUUUAAUACUUCCGAUAUCAGAUACCGGCGAUAAGGGAUUUUGGUACAGAAUCGAGAGCGAAACGGCAAUGCGUUUCAAGGAAAUCCGAAUCCCGAAGAACACUCGUCGAGUUGUGUUGGAAUUCUACGUGUCGUUUCAUGGGAACGACGAGUUUUGGUACUUGAAUCCACCGAAUUCGUAUGUCACCGUCAACAACAUAACCACGGGGCGGGCCAACGGGGCUUACAGAGAGGUUUUCGUCACCGUCGACGGACAGCUUGCCGGGUCGGAAGUCCCUUUCCCGGUUGUUUUCACCGGCGGAAUCAACCCGUUGUUUUGGGAGCCGGUGGUGGCGAUCGGAGCGUUCAAUCUUCCAACCUACGACUUGGAAUUGACACCCUUUUUAGGAACCCUUCUGGAUGGGAAAGCUCAUCAGAUUGGAAUCGGGGUGGCAGAUGGAAUUUCAUAUUGGCUGGUGGAUGCCAAUUUACAUCUUUGGCUGGACCACAAUUCACAUUCGGUGGAAGCGAAAUCGAAAGUGAAUCUGAAUCCCGUUUUCAGGAUUGAGAGAGGCUCGGUGUUCAGGCAGCUCGAUGGGUCUUUCAAGAUCAAAGCAGAGAGGGUGUGUAACUCUAUAGGCUGGGUCAAGUGGAGUGCAGGAAACUACACCACCACAUUUUUGCAGAGCUACAAGUUCAACAACUUAAUUCGAUUCCAGAAAAAUGGAACUUACAAACUGGUCAAGCAGAAAGUCAAGGCGAACAGACAGGUGAAGUUCGAGAAUCAAGUGGGCCAAGUGAUUGCCAGCAGAAGUGUUAAGAGGAAGUACCCUCUCAGUGUGAGCACUGCAACUUUGCCUGGGUCGCGCAAGAACACAUAUUUGCUUCUCACCAAUGUUUCCCACUCGAUGAACGAGAAAUACUCUAAUGGCGGAAGCAAGAUUCAUGUGCAUAACAGUCAGGAUUCUGUAGGGUGGAUGGAGGUGAGGGAUCACUCUGUUCUUUCCGGCAAAGCUAAGACGAAGCAGAACUUCAUGUACAGGGAUAAGUUGAAUUGCUAUUCCCGGAGUGUCAAUGCCGGCGACGGCAAGCUACUCAGUGACAAUGCAACCUUUCACUGUUUGGACUUGUUUGCAUUGUGAUUUCACCUUUGCAGUUAAGUCUUACUUACCGUCUUAUGUACGAGUGUUUCCUUUCUUAUUUCCUCAUUUGUCUAGCUACGCUUUUGUGUAUUUCAGUAUUCCUUUCUGUAUGAUAGUGCCAAGUCGCUCAAACUUGUAUCUUUCUGUAAUUGUAUGCUUUUGCAUUUGUGAAUAAGAUAAGCCUUAUCAAA